AUGCUGUCGUCCGGGAGCUGCGCCCGGGCCUGCGCCGGCAACGGGGCCGCUGUCACCACCGGCGUAGGGCGGGGGAACGGGGCUGCCCCCGUGUCCCAGCGUCCCCUCCCGAGCCGGGGCUGCUCCCGUGUUCCCCAGGGCUCUGCGGUGACCCCAGGGGCAGGGGCUUGGGGGCCCCUCUCCGUGCAGGGCCCGCUGCGGGGCUCAGCUUCCCCUGUCCCGCAGGGGGCCGGGAAGGGCUCUGAGUGCGGGACGAGAGGCGCUCCGCACCAACGGGAGCCGGAUCCUGCUCGGUGCCGAUUCCUCCGGGCUCUGCUGCCGCCUGCUGUCACCGGAUGGGCACCGGUGCUCGGUGGCAGCCCGGGCUGUGCGGCACCGGAGCACAGGCGGACGUGUGUCCCGGACACCGGAGGGGGGAACCCCCCGCUCCGUCCCCACCGCAGCUCGCUGCUUGUCCCGCAGACCGGUCCCGGGGGGGCGGUCCCGGGGGGGGGAGGCGGGGCCCGGGGUGAGCACGGGGCAGGACGGGGCGGUCUCGGUGCCGCCGCCGCCGCCAGCCCGGCCAUGCCGUCCCCCGCCGCGCUGCUGCUGCUGGUUCUGCUACUGCCGCCAGCCCGCGCCGCAGAGAGCGAAACCGAAACCGGGGCUCGGGACCUGCGGCUGGAGACGCUCGUGCCCCCCCCCGAGGGCUGCACGGAGCUGUCGGCGCCGGGGGACACGGUUCACAUCCACUACACGGGCAGCCUGGAGGACGAUGGCCGCAUCAUUGACACCUCAUUGAGCCGGGACCCGCUCCAGGUGGAGCUGGGCAAGCACCAGGUCAUCCCCGGCCUGGAGCAGAGUCUGCUGGACAUGUGUGUUGGGGAGAAGCGGAGAGUCAUCAUCCCCCCUCACCUGGCCUACGGCAAGCGGGGGUCUCCCCCGUCCAUCCCAGGGGAGGCGGUACUGCGGUUUGAGGUGGAGCUGGUGGCUCUGUCCCGCGCCGGUUACUGGCAGAAGGUGCUGAACAAGGUGGUGCCCCUGCUGUGCUUGGGGCUGGUGCCAGCGCUGCUGGGGCUCAUCGGGUGCCACCUCUACCACAAGGCCAGCAGCACCAGGCUCUCCAAGAAGAAGAUGAAGGAAGAGAAGAAGAACAAAGCCAAAAGGAAAUAAAUCCUUUCCCUGGGCA